AUGACGCCGACCCCAACCUCCUCCCUCUUCGCGCUAUCCAACCGCACGAUCCUAGUCACCGGCGGUGUGCGCGGCCUCGGCCUCAGCAUCGCCGUCUCCCUUCUGGAAAGCGGCGCAGACGUCGUCGUCUUCGACCUUAUCUCCCCCGACCACCCCGACUCUGUAUCCGACUGGACCGCCGCGCAAGCUACCGCCGCUGCUCACCACGCCAAGCUCUCCUGGAUCAGCCUGGACGUGACUGACGCUGACGCCGUCGCCUCUGCCGUCGACGCUGCCUUCUCCUCUGCCCGCCCCACCCACCCUGUCAAGGGUCUCUUCAACUCUGCCGGUAUCCAAUUCUUGAAGCCCGCCACCGAAAUUGCCCCCUCCAUGUGGCGCAAGGUAGUCGACAUCAACUUGACCGGCUCAUUCCUGAUGAGUGCGGCCUUUGCACGCUCCUUCACUGGGCAGGGCGGAUCAGUCGUGCUCGUGGCCAGCAUGAGUGGCCGCGUAGCCAAUAAGGGCCUAGACUGUGCAGCGUAUAAUGCGUCCAAGGCCGGAGUUGUCCAGUUGGCCCGAAACCUCGCCAUGGAGUGGGGAGACAAAAUCCGGGUCAAUACUCUGUCGCCGGGGUAUAUCCGCACAGCGUUGACUGAUGCUCUGCUCCAGCAGGAACCAGAGUACGAAAAGACUUGGCUGGACGGUUCGUUGUUGGGCCGCCUUAGUACCGUUGACGAGUUCCGUGGCCCUGCCAUCUUCUUGCUUUCAGACGCGUCGAGCUUCAUGACGGGGGCGGAUCUUGUGGUGGAUGGUGGGCAUACUGCCGUUUAG